AUGUCCUAUAGUAAGCUGAAAAAGAAAUCGCCUCAAUCGGCGACUCCCGCUGUCCCCUCCGCUAACGGUACAAUAUUGUUCAUUCGUUCUUGGUGCACUCAACCGUGUAGACGUCGAGCUCCGAGUUUUUCGCCGCUUAGGUACAGAAACACAAAAAUAAACGGGAGUCCACCCACUAGCCAACCAGCUUAUCCUGGUGGCCGCCAAACUCUCUGGGAAUCGUUUUCAAGGAGGGGUGUUCCGGAAACAACAAUAGAGACCAUCAUUUCUUCAGUUACCCAAUCCACAAUCACUCAAUAUAGCUCUACCUACCGUUUAUGGUGGAACUUUUGUACCCAAGAAAAAAUUCCAAUAUUUGAAGCAAGAAAUAUAGAUGUCCUUAGAUUCUUACAAAAGGUCACAGACGAACAUAAAUACCAGUACGGCGCUGUGAACUCACACAGAUCUGCUCUGAGUCUCAUUUUGCCAAAUGAUUUAGGAACGGAUCCACUAGUUAAGAGGUUUAUGAAGGGAAUAUCUCGACUGAGACCAGCGCAACCAAGGUAUACCUAUACAUGGGAUCCGCAAAGGCUAUUUUCAUAUCUGGAAACCCUACCGGAUAAUUUAAAUCUACUACAGCUUUCACAGAAAGUGGUUUCUCUUUUAGCCUUAAUCACGGGAGGUAGGCUUCAAACCAUAUCGCUUAUUAGACUAUCCAAUAUAAGGGAAGAAAUGGAUACAAUUCAAAUCAAUAUAACAGAUCCAAUCAAAACGUCAGGCGUGAACAACGAACAACCCACUUUGCAUAUACCGUCAUUUAAGGAAAAACCAUGCCUUUGUGUAGCGACAACGCUAAAAGCUUAUAUAGCGGCUACAAAAGACAUUCGAAAGAAGGCCAGGAUUUCAUCUUUCUUACGGCUAAAAAACCGCACGCGACUGCUAAAAAGCAAACUUUAA